GAAAUCAAAGUUGUUGUAGAAGCGCGUGCCCGUGUGUGUGUGUGCGCGUGUGUGUGAAAGAGACAGGCGAGGAGGAGACACGCGAGCGGAGAGAAGCACGCGCACCGACCGGCUCCUGCAGCCGGAUACUCUCCUCCACAUUUGGCGUAUUUAGACUUAUUCUUCUAAUUAAGCGUAGAAUCGUACGUAGCGUUUUGACUGAAUAGCUCGUUCCGCUUCUCCACAGACGCAGAUGGACGCCGCCGCCACAGACUCAUGACUGGACGACAGCAGCUCUACCUCCCCAGAGACUGAAGCGAUGUUCAAGCCUCCGUGUUUUUAGUUUGCUCUUCACUCUGUCGCUUUUUUCUCUCCUCUUCUUUGGACUCGUCGGAUUUAAGUUUUUGCAGUCGAAGGAGAUUUUUUGUUUGUCUCCGUUUGAAAUGACGGAAAUAAGCGAGAAGGAGAACGAGCCACAGAACAGAGACCUGCACCGACCACAGGCGACCGUGCCCAGCCAGCAGGAAUCCAAGUUGCAGCGGCUGAAGCGUUCCCUGUCCUUCAAGUCUGUCAUGCGCAGUAAGAGCGUGGACAACUUUUUCCAGCGCAGCAAUGGCGAAAUGCGCCUACCCUCUGCCCUCAUCACCGCACCACCACCUCCGCAAUCUCCUCCACCCUUCUCCGAGUGCCCCCCGGCCUAUGAGCACUCCCCCUCCCUGUCCCCGUCGGUCAGUCCCAACCCUUCAUUAACGUCUCACUCACCUUCAAUCAGUCCCUCGCUGUCCGUCACCUCCAAAACCCAGCCAAAGACUCAGGCCCAGCCUGUGCAGCCAGUCAAGACGCACUGUUUCCAGGAGCAUGUCUUCCGUAGGCCUACCAGCUGCCAGCGAUGCAAACACAUGAUCCAAGGAAACUCCAAGCAGGGCCUGCGCUGUAAAGCCUGUAAGCUGGCGACCCACCUCUGGUGCUCGUCUGAGCUCUCCCAGCAGCCCUGUAACGGCAAGUCAGGAGCUUUCAAGAGAAACUUCAGCUCUCCUCUGCUGACCAUCGAUCCGCUGGGUGUGGUCAGAGAGGCUCCCGCUGCUCAGGAGGCGGAUAAUAGCAGUCUUGACCCCGUGUACGAGGCGUUGCGCUAUGGGACGUCGCUGGCUCAGAUGAGUCGCUCCAGCUUCGGCAGUAUCUCAGAGUCGCCUUGUCAUGAGGCAGAAAAACCACAAGACAAAUUCGAAAACCUGCCGAUUGCUGAAGAGGAACAAAUACCAGGAAUGCUCACCCCUCCUGAAAGCGAGAAGGCUGAUUCAGAAGACAGGGUCAGCCUGAAGACUCCCAAACGAGUCGAGGUCCACUCCAUCCACACUUACGUGGCUCUCUACAAGUUCCUGCCUCAGGAGAAGAACGACUUGGAACUACAGCCUGGUGACAGAGUUCAAGUCACAGAUGACUCCAACGAGGACUGGUGGAAGGGGAAAAGCAGAGACAAGGUGGGAUAUUUCCCAGCCAACUUUGUGCAGCGGGUCCGCCCUGGCGAGCGGGUGUGGAAGGUCACUGAUGGUUUCCAUGGCAACCGAGACAAGGGCCAGAUGACUGUAAAAGAGGCCCAGAUCUGCAUCGGGAAGAACGAGGACAUUGACGGUUUCCUCCGGCUGACGAGUGGGAAGAAGCGAGGCCUGGUCCCCGUGAAGUAUCUGCUAGAGAUAUGAUGGCGGCGCACUUCUCCUCGAGAAGUUUAGUAGAGAAGUUCACUGUAAUGGAGGAACGCUCAGGAGUGUUUACCCAACACCUCGCUGACCGCCAACCACACAACCCCCCACCCCUCCAAUAAAGUGGCAGUGAAGCAGCAGCUUGAGUGGACGACGACCCACAACAAGGCUUUUUACUGCAGGAGGAUUUUAAAGGUUCGAAGGAGGGACUCCUUCUUUUAGAGUUCUUUAGAGCUACUUUUUUCCUGUAGCACAACUUGACUUUGUGGGGUUUAUACAGACUCACAAAAGAAAUGUAGCAUCACAUAGAAGAGGAGAAGAGUGCAGGAAGUCUGGCUACCUCACUAGAUAUCUCCAUUGGCCAUGCGUCUGCAGAAAAAAGGGAAGAGGACGACUUUAUUAUGAUGUCAAGGCGCGUGCAGGCCUAAGGGACUUUGUGAGCAAACUGUCUUCAUUUCAUUUUUCCUGUAGAGAAAAGAGAUUGUGAAAGAUUGUAGCUGUUUAUCGUAGUCGCCCUUUGCAAACUUGUCAUGGUUGUUUUUUUCUCAAACCCCUCAACAGAUUUCUGUUAGUAGAUCCAGCUAAAGAAAUAAACCACGAGACUGCAGCUCACAACGCGCACGUGACGGUUGUUGUGAUGUGGAUUCAUGAUGUGUCACUCCCACUAUCACUAGAAAAACGCUUCAGGUAUUACAUCACGUCAAAUUUUAGUCUUCUCUGCUCGGUUUUGGUCAAAUGAAAGUCAUGACACACUCACUGUAUUUCAGUCUGCUCUCCAGUGAUUAGAUUACUGUGCAGUUUUGCUCUUCACAGCACAGAUGUGAUAAAUGCUUUCCGUGCACCUCUGGGGAGCUUCUCUCUCACUAUGCCCUUCAGUCACACUUGCAGAUUUUUAUAGUUCACUCUGUUCCAUGUAACUCUAAAACAAAUCUGGUCGAUAUAUUCUCUUCGUCUGUAUUGUCGUGUAAACUCGCUGUCAUAUCUGGUUGUGCGCUACAACAUGACGAUGGUGCGCUGUGUUGACUUUCUGAUGCUCUGAAGCGUAAAAAAAAUUAAUUGUGUAAUUCAGGUUGAUGAAUUAAAACCAAUCCCAGUGUCAUCUCAGAAGGUAACGCACCUGUCAAGAGAACGUGUUGAAUUUUUGAUAAAUGGCGACUCCUCCUCCCAGCACACCAGGUUAUUUUUAAAUAACACUGCAGAAGGACUGUUAUUUUUCGCUGCAAUUAAAGGUGAUAAAAAGCAAAAUCACCUCACACCAUUCGAUUUAUUGCUCUGUUCCUAGAAACCAUAAGGCAGCGUCUAACUGCCUUCGCUGUGGCAAUAACUGUAAAUAAAAAUAUGACAGAAUUUGUAAAUAUCCUCAUAAAUAUAUUGUAUACUGACUCGGAAUAGCUCUCUGCUAACCAAGAGCUUUGCAACUAUCCAGCAGCCAGGUAAGGGCAUUAACCUCACAGUUAUAAAAUACAUAAAAUGAUCGUUCAUUGUCCCACUUAUAAAAUGUAUGAAUCUUUAUGCUCAAUUAACAUCUAGCCCUGUUAGCACAAAUCUUUUUAAAUACUAUGCACAACUAGUCACUCACUUUAUUUUGUACUCAGCUUAUUUUCAGUAUUGGCACAUGCAUAUUUGCGUUUGUGCAAACCUGUGCUCUUUGCAUUGUGGAUAAAGAUUCCAGUGUCUGGGGUGUUGCAGCUUUUACAAAAUGUCCAUCUCAGUUCAUUACCUUCACUGGAUAGAACCAAGAUUGGCUCAGGAUCAGUAUUACCCAGGUAAAAUCCCUUUUUCUCACUUUAAUGCACACCACCAGGCUAGUUCUCUGCAUGGCAAGCUGCCCUGUGACCCUCACAUCUCAAUAAAGGCAGAUGAACUCUCAAGCUGUGUGCUCUUUUGUUUGGGCAAUAUUUCAUACUUUGCUUCUCGGUUGUGUGACUUGAUUUUGCUGUUAAAAAGAGAAGGAAAGGAAGGCUGACAAGGAUUAAAUGGGGAUUUGGUUUGCAAAGAGCUUGUGGUAUUAUCGGUAAUGGCAGCACACUGCAGUUUAAAAUCAGUAGGACUCUUAAAAUUCUGGAUGCAUGCUUAUAAUUAUCAAGUGUCUUUCUCCUCACUGGUGUUUGACUCUUUCAAUUUGUCACAACAACCAUUUGACAAUGUAAAGAUGCCAAAUGACAAUUCAAAUGUUUGGAAGGACUCAGAUCAUUUACUUGUGUCAAAGUUUCAAGAGAAGAAUAUCAAAAUACUCAAUUGCAAUUUCUUCGUUUUACUUAAGUAAAUGCACAAAAGUAUAGCAGCAGUAAAAUUAACUUCAAGGUUUAAAAGUAAAAGUAGACC